AUGUUGAAACGGUUGUUGACUUUUAGUAGUAGUGGAAUGGAUGGCACACGAUUGUUGUUGUUGAAAAAUAAAUGGAAUCCACUCCUUGUUGCAACCAUUCCGAGUGGUUAUCAGGAUGAGGGAUUUAUGAAUCGGAAUGUUGGGAAUGUUCAAUUCUCGGAGCAAGGAUGGCAACGAUGGAAAUCUUCAUCAAUGGCCCAAUCGUCCGAUGCAGAUUCGAUGGAAAUGAAACAUCAUCGUGCGUUUAAAACAAAAAAUCAAGAAAUCCAUCGGGAGGUAAACAAUAAGAAGAAGCAUACACAAAAUAACUCCAAGAAAUUAUCCAGUAAAUUGCAUGCUACUAGUACUGCUAAUGGAAAGAACAACAAUAAUUCAAAUAGAGUGGAGAAAGUCUAUUCUUCUAGAACCCUUAAACAACAAGACUCUCAAACAACUCUACGAAAUCCAAACCAUCAAAAUGAAUUUCAAAAACAUGAUACAAAAAGAAAAGCUGUAAAUAACAAACAAAACCAAACGAGAGAAAGAGUUGAAAAAGGAGCUGCAUCGCCAGCCAGCCACAAGGAUGACACUAAAUCUGCAAAGAAUUUACCAAACGUUGAGUUUUCUAUGAACUCAACAAAGGAAGAAUCUUAUAGAAAGAAGAAAGAAAGCAAAUUCAAUGACCAUGACGAGGAUGAUUAUGAAAUUGGAGAUUAUGAUGAGGAAUUAGAAGAAUUCGAGGACGAGAAAUCAAAAAGUAAGGGCAAAAAGACUUCACACAAAUCUGUCAACGAAGAACAAGUUGAGGUGAUUGACAUUGUUUCAAAGGAAAAAUUGAACUCCUAUGUACAAAUGUUUAACAAACCAGGAGUGUCAAGCAAUAGGAAGUUUAGAACAUUACCUGUUGUCGACUCGAUACUUAAGGAAAUAUUUCUUUGUGGACUUGCAAGAAAGGGAAUGAAACAGUUUGAUUAUUUAACAUAUUUGAUAGGAGGCAAAGAAGGAAAAGCAGAAAUUUCAGAAGCCUCAAAAAAGGAGCUCGAAGAAAUGGUGAAUCAAAAUAGGGUCAUUGAAGCUCAGCUCAAACGUCAACAAAUAGUGAAAAGAACAAACAAAACCAAUACCAUUUACAAUCAAGCUGAAUUCAGAGCAGAUAUGCAAGUUAACGAAGAAUGUGUCAAUUGGAUAUUUAAGAAUAAUAGAAUGAAAUAUAUAGGAUCUGUUGGUCUCUCUGAGGAAGAUGAAAAAAGAGUUAUGGAAGAGUUUGAGAAAAAUCAAUUAAAGCAAGAAGAAAAUGAUGAAGAAGAUGAAACCCCAAAAGAAAACUCUCAAAUAAGUCAAUUAACAACGGAAGACUUGGAAUCAAUGUCAAAAGAAGAAUUGAAUACUCUUCUUGAAAAAGAAGAAAAUAUUUAUGAGCUUUAUAAGAAGUAUUAUGAACAAGCGGCCAAUGAAGAACAAGAGGAGAAUAAUGAACAGAAAACAACCAAGGAAAAUGAGCCAGAAAAUACAACGAAUAACUUUAAGAGAAAACUCUAUACCAUGGAAAGAAUGAUCGAAAAAACUAAAGGAAUUCCUCAAAUUGCAUUUAUUGGAAGAUCUAAUGUUGGAAAGAGUUCACUCAUCAAUGCAAUUACAGGACGAAAUAACUUGAAGGCCUCAGAACGCCCUGGAGAAACUAAGGAUUUAAAUUUCCACCGAUUUGGAAAGGCUUUUUGUUUAAUUGACAUGCCUGGUUAUGGAUUUGCUUUUACUAAGGAUAGUUUUGUCACACAAAAGUGGUUGGAGUUGAUGAAAUCAUAUUUUGUGAAUAGUGGUUCAGAUUUGAAAAUGGUUUUCAUGCUAAUUGAUUCUCGCCUCGGUCUGAAGAAGAGAGACGUCGAUAUGAUAAAAUUCUUGGAACAGAACAAAGUGCCCUUCCAAAUUGUUCUUACAAAGUGUGAUUUGACGUUUGUGGAUGACUUGGCACGCAUGGCAUUCAAGGUUUUCAAACUAGAUCCCCUUCGAAAAGGCUUUACGCUCAAUUAUCAUGCCAAAGAUGAGACCACAAAGGACUAUCGAAUGAUUUUUGUGAGUGCUAGAUCCAAAACUGGAGUUGCCAGACUUAAGGAAGAUAUUGUGUUAAAGUAUAGCAGUUUUGACAAAGAAACAUGGAAGAAAAAUGUCAAGAAAAACGUUGUUUUGUUUGUUUAA